GACAAUAAAAGGCCACUGUUGUUCAGCAGUUAGAUGUUGGUGUAUAGAUUUUGGGAACAAUGGAAAACAUUUUGUUAAGUUUGUUGUGUCUGGGGCUUUUUCUUGUGAGCAGUAUAUCUGCAUCCCUGCUACCUGUGAAAUUGUCUCCUCAAGAGCCUUGGAUUCCUGCAACGCCUACUUUACAGACACCUGGCCAGGUUGACAUUUGUCAAGUGCAAAACUAUGAAAGGGUUCCUUGUGGAGAGCCUGGUGUAAAAGCUACUCAGUGCAAUGCUAUCAACUGCUGUUUUGAUGGCCAGAUGUGCUAUUAUAGAAAAACAGUGACUGUCCAGUGUACCCUUGAUGGCCAGUUUGUGUUGGUGGUGGCCAGAGACACCACACUUCCCAGGAUAAGCCUGGAUUCAAUCAGCCUGUUGGGAGGAAACACAGGACCCUGUAGUCCUGUUGACUCCAAUACAGCCUUUGCUAUAUACCAGUUUCCUGUAACUGCUUGUGGGACUACCAUGAAGGUAGAACCUGGUUAUGUGGUCUAUGAAAAUCGGAUGCUCUCCUCUUAUGAAGUUGGAGUUGGACGCCGUGGCUCAAUUACAAGGGACACUCAGUUUCAGCUUUACUUCCAGUGUAAAUAUUCAGGUGUUGGCUUUGGGGCUUUGUCCAUUGGAACAUCGUCCAAUCUUGAUCCUCUGCCUGUUGUUGCUUCUGGACCAUUCCAAGUAGAACUAAGACUAGGAAAAGGCUCCUGUGUCACCAAGGGUUGUGCAGAAGAACAAGUAGCCUAUACCUCCUACUACAGUGCUACUGAUUACCCUGUGACAAAGGUUCUGAGGGAGCCUGUGUAUGUUGAGGUGCGCAUUGUUGGGAGAACUGACCCAAAUCUUGUUCUGGCUUUGGGUAGCUGCUGGGUGACUGCUUUCCCUAAUCCUUAUAGCCUUCCCCAAUGGGACCUUCUGGUGAAUGGAUGUCCAUACAAGGAUGACCGUUACUUGACCAAGCUGAUACCAGUGACUGGGGCAUCUGGACUUGCAUACCCUACCCAUUUCAGACGUUUUGUCCUGAAGAUGUUUACAUUUGUGGAUCAGACCUCUGUGACUCCAGUGCGAGAGAUGCUCUACGUCCACUGCAGUACAUCUGUCUGUGUUCCAACUGCACAAGAUUCUUGUGAACCAAUGUGCACCAGAAGACGACGAGAUGUUGCUGCAGCAGAGGAGAACACUCCUAGUGAAUCAGUAAUUGUGUCUAGUGGAGGACUGAUCUUUACCCAAGUUUCAGAUGAAUCUGUUGAAUAA